AAGAAGAGGAAGACAAAUAGGAUCUCGCGAGAGUCAGCAGGUAAACAUAAAAAGAAAAAAGAAAAACUAAUCGUGUGGGUGAGAACGUGACUCAUGCGAAGAAACAACUUGCUUCUAAUAGAAUUAUGGCGUUGUACGAGAAGGAACUUUGUCGAGCGGGAGAGGACGAUGAGCGUCAUCCACAGCAACUGGAAUCUGCUCGCAUGGUGCUAAACAAACACGCCCAAGACAUCCAGCAGCUGAUGGGUCAUCAGGUUGACAUUUGCCCUCAGUCGCAUGGGGGAAGCUCCAAUUUGGGGCAGGACGAAUCACAGCCCUCCCACAUAAAUGAAGUCGACGAGGAGGAGGCCGAUGUUAGCACGUUGCUACUGACUGGUGUCUCUGUGAAGAGUGAAGUCGAGGAGAAAGAUGAGGUUCCACCGCCUCCCCACGUUAAAGAGGAAGCGGACCCUCAGCCCCUCUGCAUUAAAGAGGAGGACGAGGAUCCUGAGUGUUCUCACAUUAAAGAGGAACACACGGGUCCUCAGUCCCUCCACAUUAAAGAGGAAGAGGAGGAUCCAGAGUACCACCACGUCAAGAAAGAAGACAUGCAGGCUGAUUUCUCUGUGAAGAGGGAAGACGACGACCCACCUGAGUCAUCUCAGCUUCAUUAUCACAGUCCAAGUGGAGACCACUGUGGAGGACCACCACCCAACAACCUCUUAGCUCCGCUGUCAGACAGUGACGACAUAGAAGAACGUUUGAGGAGGGACGCAGACUGUCAAGGUGACGACAAUGAGUCGACAUGUUCUGAAAUGGAAAGCUCUCAUACAUGCAGGAGUCGUCACUCAUUUAAAGAACAUUUCAGCUGCACUGUUUGUGGUAAAAGAUUUGCUCGAAAUGGAAAUAUGAUUAGACACGUGAAAACACACACAGGUGAAAAACCAUUUAGUUGCUCAACUUGUGGUAAAACCUUCUCUCUAAGGCAUCAUAUGGUUUUACACAUGAGAACGCACACAGGUGAAAAACCUUUUGGAUGUUCUGUUUGCGGUACAACAUUCGCUCAUGAAGAAAGUCUGAAAAUACACAUGACAAUACACACUGGUGAAAAACCCUUUAGCUGCUCAACUUGUGGUAAAACCUUCUCUCGAAGGCAUUAUAUAGUAUCACAUAUGAAAACACACACAGGUGAAAAACCCUAUAGCUGCUCAACUUGUGGUAAAACCUUCUCUCAAAGGCAUUAUAUGGUAUCACACAUGAAAACACACACGGGUAAAAAACCCUUUACUUGCUCAGUUUGUGGGAAGGCAUUCUCUCUAAAGGAAUAUAUGAAAUCACACAUGAAAAGACACACAGGUGAAAAACCCUUUAGUUGCUUAGCUUGUGGUAAAGCAUUCGCUCACAAAGAAACAUUACAAUCACACAUGAGAAUACACACAGGAGAAAAACCCUUUAGUUGUUCAACUUGUGGUAAAACUUUCACUCAAAGAUCAAAUCUGAGAACACACAUGAGAACACACACAGGUGAUAAACCCUUAAUUUGUUCAACUUGUGGUAAAACAUUCAAUGCAAAGCAAAAUUUGGAAAAACACGUGAAAAUGCACACAGGUGAAAAACCCUUUAGUUGCUCAACUUGUGGUAAAAGAUUCUCUCGAAAGGAUUGUAUGCUGUCGCACAUGAUAAAACACACAGGAGAAAAGCCUUUCUGUUGCUCAGUUUGCUGUAAAACAUUCUACCGGAACGACAAGCUGCAAGUACACCUGCGAAAACACACAGGAGAAAAACCCUUUAGUUGCUCAGUGUGUGGAAAAAGAUUCUCGCAAAAGGCACACCUGGCUAUACAUAUGAGAAGACACACAGGAGAAAAACCCUUUAGUUGCUCAGUGUGUGGGAAAAGAUUCAUUCAAAAGGUAAGCCUGGUAAGACACAUGAAAACCCACAAAAGCUGAGCUCAUACAGCCAGUUUGACUGUGCACAUGUGAAAACACAAUUCAGAGAGAAUCCUUUUCCAGGUACGGUGUUGGCACACCUAUCCUCACAAUGUCCGUUUUCCUUGAAGAGGUCACUUUAAAACUAUAUUUUUUACUAAUGUCUGGCAUUCCUCCUCUGUCGCCAAUCAUGAAAAUCGCAAGAGGACAGAAAAAUGCCGACGUCACUCUUAAGACAAGUUUUGUGAAUUUGAAAUCUGAUUGGAUUAAAAAAAAUAAAAUAAACUGCCAUUGCUAAUGGUGUCUAUGUGUCAUGGGCCAGCACUCCUGAUUCUGAAGGCUCUGGGCAGAUUACAUUGACAUAGCAACACAUAGAAGCUGAAAUCUGAUUGGGCAAAAAAAAAAAAAAAAGAAAAUCUAACAUACACACUACUGGAAGCUGGGCAGCAAAGACACACUAUGACAUGAAUACAAUGGACUAUUGGAAAUAAAUGAAUACAAUUGAAUGCGAGUUGUAAAUGGAGGUCAGUGCUUGUGAUUGUGUUUAGGCCAGCAAAGCGGGCCUUGCUGGCCCUGACUGUAGACAACUGGUUGGAGUCCAACCCUUACUGGAAACGAAUCCGACUUACUGCCAAAGUCUGACAACCAAUAUAUUUUUCUUUAUGUACUGAAUUCCAGUCCUGAGUCAGUAAAUUAUUUUUUAAUGCAUCCAUGCCUCCGCCAUCCUAACUCACCUAUUGUGUGUUUUAUUAUCUUGGUUGUUUUUGUUAUAUUUGCAAUCAUAUACAGUACUGUGAAUACGGGAAAGCGGUCACUGAAGAUAAAAUACUCAUCAUAUUGUUAUCUAUGACAUUAGUGAAUGUAUUAUCUAUUAAUGCUUCACAAUGAGAAGUGAAUAAAUUGAUUCUCCUGGAUCUGGUAAUUCUGGGAUAGAGGUUGAGGCUAUGUACUGCUUGGGUUUAGAUCUAUGUUGUGUAGUCACUGCAGA